AGCGGCGGGCGAGGGUCCCGCGGCCGGAGGGGCAGGCUGAGCCCCGGACACGGCUCCCCGGCUGCGGCCUCGGGGUCUCCCGGAGGGGCUGCGGCGUCGCCUCUCGGGCCGGGCGAUGGCGUCGGAGGAGGCGGCCAUGGCCGAGGCGGAGGCCCCCGCGGAUGCCGGGCCCCCCCGCGCAGCCCCCGCCGCCGCCCCCGCCAGCUGCCUCCCGCUGGAUCCUGCCAAGCCCAGCCGGCCGAAGGAGCCCGAGCGCCCGGAGGAUGAACUCGAAAGGGAUUGCAAAGAGCCGGACUCUCCCUCGGCCGCCUCGCCGCUUCCCAAGCACCGCUUCCCCCCGGAAGAGUCUUCCUUGUCUGAGGCUGCUGACUUGCCUCCGGCCAGCCCCUCAAGUGAGGCGCCCUCCUUGCCUGAUCUGGACAAUGCUGUGGGAGAAAAGAGAGCCUCCCCGCCUGGGGAAAGUCUACCAACAGCCCCGCUGCUUCCACAGACAGCCCACUCCGAGGACCUUAACUGCUCAGAGGCUGAGCUGGGGUCUUUGAUCUUGCAGCACGGAAGGCGGCAGAAUGGGUGCCCGGAUUUGGAAGAUGUGCCUCUGGCAGCCUCUUUGGGCGUGAAGAGCCAGGGUCAGGAAGAUGAUGGGGCUGCAAAACCGUCCCAAAACAUUGCAGUCCAGACUGACUUCAGGACGGCUGACUUGGCAGCUAGCACCGACCUGGACAUGGAGAAGAACUUAGACAAGAUGAUGUCUGAGAGAGCUUCGUUGAAGGAGCGAUACCAAGAAGUCCUGGACAAGCAGAGGCAGGUGGAGAACCAGCUGCAGGUGCAGCUCCAGCAUCUGCAACAACGCAGAGAAGAAGAAAUGAAGAAUCACCAGGAGAUCUUGAAGGCCAUUCAGGAUGUGACCGUUAAGCGAAAAGAAACUAGGAAGAAGAUGGAGAAGGAAAAGAAGGAGUUUCUGCAAAAGGAACAGGACUUGAAGGCAGAAAUUGAGACGCUCUGUGAGAAAGGCCGGAGGCUGUUGAAGGAGCAAGAAGAGAAGGAGACCAAGAUUGUUUCGCUGAUUGCUGAACAGGCAGAGGAGAAGGAAGCCUGGGAACUGGAGCUGGGCAAGCUGAAGAACCAGCAGAGUGACAUCAACCGGUCAAUCUUGGAGGAGACAGAGCGGGCCUGGAAAGCAGAGAUCCUGUCUCUCGAGAGCCGGAAGGAGCUCCUGGUGCUGAAACUGGAAGAGGCCGAGAAAGAAGCGGAGCUGCACCUCACCUACCUCACGUCAGCGCCCCCAACGCUGGAGACCAUCCGGCCAAAGCAGGAGUGGGAGACCAGGCUGAACAAAAUACGGAUGACCAAGGAGAGCGUCCGUGACAAGUUCAACGACCACAUCCAGCUGGUACGGAACGGGGCCAAGUUGAGCAGUCUCCCACAGAUCCCCACCCCUCCUCUGCCCCCGCCCCCAUUGGAGACAGACUUUCUGCUGCCUCCUUUCCAGGCCAGCUCCUCUCUCGCCCCCCAGCUGCCCUUCCCUAUCGGGUCAGUUUCCAUGCCCCCGAUGGUCAUGCCCAGCGCUGACCCACGGGUGCUCGCCUUCCCCCUGCUGAACCCCAGCCUCAUCGCCAGGCCCAGUCAGCCUUCGCCGACUUUGCCUGCAGCCCAGGAGCGGAACAGCCCCUGCCUCACUUCCCUGGUCAGUUCCCAUGGGGCGCCCGGACCCUCGCUGCCUCCCCCGCCAGGCCUGGGUGGAGUCAAGACCCCAUCUGACUUCCAUAGACCCCCCCCUGUGGACAAGCUGGAGAAGAUCCUGGAGAAGUUGAUGUCGCGCUGUCCUCAGUGUAACAAGGCCCAGCUGACCAAUGUCCUCCAGCAGAUCAAAGCAGCUCGAAGGACCUUGGCAGGACUCACCAUGGAAGAGUUGAGCCAGCUGGUGGCAGCCAAGGUGGCAGAGCAGCAGGAACGGGUGGCAGCUGUUGGCACCCAGCCCCAUAGCCGGAUGUGCUCCCCCUUGUUCCCGGGUCCAUUGCCACAGAUCAGCAACCCUUUGUUCUUGCCACCUGCACAGGGCUCCUAUUCUGGGACGCCGCCCCAGGCACCUGUGACCUGCAAACUCUGUCUGAUGUGCCAGAAGCUGGUGCCACCCGGCGAUCUCCACCCCAUGGCCUGUUCACACGUGCUGCACAAGGAGUGCAUCAAGUUCUGGGCUCAGACGAACACGAAUGACGCCUGUCCCUUCUGCCCCGCCCUGAAAUGACCCCGACUGGAGAGAGCAGGCGGAGGCGCCUUCCUACAGCUCUGUAUUUAUAUGGCAAUGUAUACACCUGUACAUUUUUAUUCUAGAGGGAAUGUGUGUAUAGAAAGUCCACAUCCAUACCAGUUCAUAAUAAAAUGUGUAUAUUAUGCAGCA